AUGGUGAACAUAGUCGGAGUAAUUUUCCUUUGCGGACUUGCCGUCGUCAAUGCAGGACGACCGAAUGACGAAGAUGUCCUGUCAGAUAUCCAGCGCGUCAGGCAACUCAAAACCUUUGCCCUUGAUUUUGUUGGUCAAGUAAAGAACUUUGAUGUGGAGGAGCUAAGCACUCUGGACUCCCGAGCUCCAAGUCUGGACGAUAUGAUAUGUCUAAACGAUUUAGCUGCGCUAAUGACUGGACUAUCAAAUGGCCAAUACUGGGCACUCAAAAUGUUCGACGCCUGGGGUUCGAAGCCAUCUGGUCUCCUCACGGGAAACAUGUACGACCUGGGAAAUUUCGACGAGUGCCUCAACAUCAAGCAGGAAGUCAGCCUGGGCAGGACUAUCCAGGGAAAGUACUGUUUUCUUUCAGUGUCUCCAGCCCAGGCGCUGGGAGUCCAGAGCUCGAUCAUUGGGCGUUUUAACACUGCCACUUGCCUACCGGCUUCCUGCUCGGCUACUCAGAUGAACACGUUCGUGGGUUCGCUGAUGAAGCAACUGCUUAACGUCACUAUUCCCAGCUCGGCCAUGAGUAUCAGCGAAUCCAGUUGCCAGACUAGUGAAAGUGAACCCUGGGACGGACUCACCAUUUUUAUGAUAGUGAUCUUAUCGGUGAUGGGCUCCUUGGUGGCUUUGUUUACUUUGUGGGACUACUGUCUGGUCGAGAAUCAGGAACAACUCCCCACCAUUGUAAAGGUAUUUUCGGCUAGGGCCCACUCACGAGCUCUAUUUCGCAUUGUAGAGGUCAAUUCUAAUCCAAAUGUGAUCGACUGCCUUCAUGGAAUUCGAUGCAUGUCGCUCAUCUGGGUGGUCUACUGCCAUCAAUAUAUAUUGACCCUUCUUGCUUCAAAUAUCAAUCUCUUCCAUGUUAUCUCGUGGGAGGAGACACCAUAUGCCAGUUUUAUUCUGCAUGGCUUUUACGCUGUUGACUCGUUCUUCGUCCUCGGCGGGCUAUUGGUGGCUCUGAUUCCGUUGCGGUUGAUGGAUAGAACGAAAGGUAAACUGAACGUGCCUAUGAUGUACCUACAUCGCUUUAUCCGCAUCGUUCCCCUUUUGGCGAUGGCCAUUGUGAUGUAUUUGAAACUCAUGCCCCUCCUGGCAAACGGACCUCGUUUUGAUGGUGGGUACUCUGGAACGGCGGAUUGUGAAAAUGGUUGGUACUGGACUCUGCUCUUCGUGAAUAACUAUACCAACACAACGUGCAUUGGGCACUCCUGGUAUCUGUCGGUGGACAUGCAGCUGUUCAUCCUAUCGCCGAUCCUGCUCAUCGCUCUCUACAAGUGGGGAAAGAAAGCAGCUGCUGGUAUUUUUGUGCUGAUCGUUUUACUUUCGGGCUGUCUCUUUGCCACCAUAAUGGUCAACAAAUACUCCCUGGUGUUGAAGAAUAUAUCGAUAGAUGCAAAUAAGGAUAUGUACUUUGCUACCCAUACGCAUGCUACACCUUGGUUGACAGGAUUUCUCUUCGGCUACAUUCUACACUUGAACAGGGGAAAGAAGUUCCAGCUUAGCAAGGUAGCCGUGUGGUCAGGAUGGAUCCUCUGCCUGGCCAUGAUCUUCACCUCGAUCUUCGCCCUCUUCCCGUACACCAAGUGGACUGGCCCUGAUGUGUCCACCUUUGCUGAGGCUUCUUACUACACUCUUACUCGAGUGGGCUGGAGCAUGGCCAUCUGCUGGGUGAUCUUCGCCUGCAUGAAUGGAUACGGAGGACUGGCCAAUAGUUUUCUCUCCUCCCCGCUUUGGCAACCGCUAUCCAGACUAUCUUUUUCGGUCUACAUGUGGCACAUGUUCUUCCAAGAAAUCAAUAUCAGAAGCAUGAGGACGAACUCAUAUUUUUCCAACUACACCAUUAUGCUUAACUUCUGGUCCACCUUUGGAUUUGCGGUGCUGUUUGCUUAUGUGAUGUACUUAGUAAUUGAGGCUCCAUUCGGUGGUCUCGACUACUUCCUGAGACCAAGACAAAAAACUCCCGCUCUUGUCAAACAGAAGUCACAGAUAGAUGAGGACGUACACAAAAACCUCGAUGAGAUCAAGGUGACGACUUCGACACCUGCCGAAAAUUAGUUGUAACAACGAUUCUCCUUCUCGUCUCCUAA